ACGAAAACGAUCUUCAAAGUAAGAGAGGGAGAAGUAAUGGCGACAAGAGUGGGGCGGAUGAGGUUGGGGUCCGAGGGCUUGGAAGUUUCGACUCAGGGACUCGGCUGUAUGAGCAUGUCCUCCUUCUACGGGUCGCCGAAGCCCGAGGCUGAGAUGAUAGACGUCAUCCGUCGUGCUGUCAAUUCCGGCGUCACCUUCCUCGACACCUCUGACGUUUACGGCCCCCACACUAAUGAGAUACUCAUCGGCAAGGCUCUGAAAGGAGGAAUGAGAGAGAAAGUGGAAUUGGCCACAAAAUGCGGAGUGAAUUAUGAGAACGGGAAGAUGAACAUCGUCGGCGAUCCCGCCUACAUACGAGCCUGUUGCGAGGGCAGUUUGAAGAGACUCGACGUCGACUACAUUGAUCUCUAUUACCUCCAUCGCAUCGACACAACGCUUCCUAUUGAAGUCUCGAUGGGAGAACUGAAAAAGCUGGUGGAAGAAGGAAAAAUAAAGUACAUUGGUCUAUCUGAGGCCUCAGCUUCGACGAUCAGAAGAGCGCAUGCUGUCCAUCCAAUAACAGCAGUACAAUUAGAGUGGUCUAUGUGGAUUCGAGACGCAGAGGAAGAAGUAAUUCCUACUUGCAGAGAACUUGGGAUUGGAAUUGUAGUGUACAGUCCUCUUGCAAGGGGAUUCCUCUCGUCGGGUGCAAAAGUGGUCGACUACAUGUCUGAUACUGAUUUUCGAAAGUCUGUCCCAAUGUUUCAACCCGAGAAUUUGGAGCAUAACCACGAGUUGUUUGAGCGGGUCAAAGAUAUGGCGACCCGCAAGGGAUGCACGGCGUCACAGCUGGCUUUGGCGUGGGUCCAUCAUCAGGGAAACGAUGUGUGUCCCAUACCGGGUACGACUCGAAUCCACAAUCUCGAGCAGAACAUCGGGGCUUUAGCCGUGAUGCUGACGGUGGAAGAGAUGGCUGAGCUUGAUGAGAUUGCUUCGUUGGUGAAGGGUGAUCGGUAUGGGCCUGAAAUGGCCACAUGGCGGCAUGAGGAAACUCCGUCCUUGUCUUCUUGGAAGGUUAUUAAUACUGCAUGAAAAAAAGAUUUUUUUUUGGAAAAAUAAUUUACCAUGCGCUGUGCGUAUGGACUAAAAUUUGAUGUGUUUCAUUGAAAUUAUGGAAUAUUUCUUUUGAUUUUAGUUUAUUGAAAACUCGAAUAAAGGGUUCUCUGGAACAUAAGU